CAAUUGGCCAGAUGAGAGCGCAUCUUAAGCCUAUUCACGCGCUCUUUUGGCUCUCAGUUCUGACGGUGACUCUGCCGGGCCAAAUGUAGCCUCGGUGAAAACAAGUCGAUCAAUCUAGGCUUCAGUACCGAGACCUUCACAUGCACUCUCUCCAACCAUCUCCAACUUGUCUAUACAUUUUCACCACCAUCGAGAGAAACCCCGGAAUUAGGACAACCUCCUCUUUACAUGAAUCGAUAGUAUACAGUAGCCAUGUUCUCUCCCUUCGCGCCUCCUUCGCCAUUCGAACCACCAUCUCUCUUAUACCUCUUCCUUCUCUCACCACCCAAAUUCCUCCUACGGACAUUACACCGCUUGAUCUCAGUACUCCGCUCCUCAGCCUCUUUACCACCAAAUCUCCUUCCCAUCAGAGUGGUUUGCCUUUCAGACACACAUUGCCAAGUCCCAGAAAUUGUCCCCGAUGGCGAUCUCCUCAUCCACGCAGGCGACCUCACUCAAGCCGGCACACCAACAGAACUCCAAGCCCAAAUAGACUGGCUAAACUCCCUUCCACACGCGCAUAAAGUGGUGAUAGCAGGAAACCACGAUACCUACCUUGAUCCACGAUCACGAACAACUCUUCCCCCAACAGAUGUGGAAGGAGCAUCUCUAGAUUGGGGCAACAUCCAUUACCUCCAACAUUCAGGCACCACACUCACAUUUCCCUCCCAUCGAAACCGGAAGUUGAGAAUUCAUGGAGCGCCGCAGAUUCCAGCUUGUGGAGGACCGGAGUUUGCGUUCCAGUAUCCUAGAGGUCAGGAUGCGUGGAGGGAUACUAUUCCCUCUGGCGUGGACAUACUCAUAACCCACACGCCCCCAAAACACCACAUGGAUCUCUACGGUCUGGGCUGCGAACAUCUACUCUCGGAGCUCUGGCGUGUAAAACCACGUCUCCAUAUUUUCGGCCACGUGCACGCUGGCAGAGGAAAAGAAACCAUGUAUUACGACGACGCGCAAAAGGCUUUCGAAGAUGGAUGCGGGAGAAAGGAUGGCUUUAUCAGAGGGUUUUUUGAUCUGUGGCUUUGGGUUGAUUUGGUCAAGGUGGUUUGGCAUGGUGUGGGCAGUGUGGUUUGGGAUCGUGUUUGGGGUGGUGAGGGAAGGGCUAGUAGGUUGAUCAAUGCUAGUGUUAUGUAUAUUAACACUGGACAGUUGAGAAAUAUGCCUCAGGUGGUGGAGAUAUAAUAUGAAACAUGGGCUGUCCCAGCGCUUUGUCGCCCCGAUGUCCACAUUAACGUUUCUCAAAUGCCUGAAAUACAUGCUCAGUGCUCUGCUGUCGAUUAGUGUAAUCAAGACGUACGAAACAGUGAACUAAGUUGAGAUCUAGGGAGC